AUGAUGCCACGAGAGAGCGCUCGUGGAAGGCUACGUUCCCACGAGGCCUGUCUCAACUGCAGAAGAAAAAAGACCCGAUGUCCGGCCGAGAAACCGUCCUGCUCAAGCUGUGUCCGCCUGAAUCAAACAUGCCUUUAUACCACAAUACCUAGAGGGUCUCGGGGAGGACAGUCUGACGAUAGGCUAGCAUUCCUUGAAGAGAAGGUCAACCUUAUCCUAAGUGGCAGAUCAACUCAAACAAUUCCAUCAGAGAAGCCGCAAGAGUCAGGAAAAGGAACCUCAGAAACAUGCUAUCCUCUCACAACACGUCCACCAUCCAUCGAACCGAGCACAGUCAAUGACCCAUUCUUCCUCGGGUUUGGCUAUGAGGACUCAAGCUCUCAACCGUCAUCAUCGGCUAUCGCUAAAGCUAUUGACCUUUACUUUGAAUACUGCCAUCGACAACCAAUUUGGUGUUUUGACCGUGAAGACGUCUCAGACCCAAGUUAUCUGUCAGAGGAGCUCGUUUGUUGCCUGCUAGCCCUGACCUCACGGUUCUCAAGAGACCGUGACCAUUUGCAACAUUAUGGGGAUAGUGCAAGAAGCCUGGUCAUGCUUCGUAUGGCCAAUGGCACAGUGGAGCUUGAAACCAUUGAGAGUCUCUGUCUGCUCUCUUAUUCUUCGUUUCUAGGCAUGAUCCUCCACCAAGUGAAGUGGAUUUCAAACGCUGACUUUUAUUCCACGUUGGAUCUUGAAUCGAGUCAUGCCGGCGAAGGGCCCAUGACUGAGCGAAAAAAGCGUCUAUUUUGGAGUCUCCAAUGUCUGGAGCAGUCUUACGGGCAGCAAAAUGGGUUUCUCUGUAUCCCAUCAGAGGUCAUGCGCACCUUCUAUAUUGCCUCUAGUAGCGACCGCGCAAAGCAAGAUGGGACGGAACCGAAACCCCCACCGCUGCCGAUAGAUGAUCUUGGUUGCUCGAAAUCAUCCGAUCUAGGGAUCUGGAGCCUAGCAGUCCACUUUGGCUGGGUCUGGAGCAGAGUGCGAACAUACGUCUCCGAUUGUGCUCGGAAUAGGCUCAAAGAACCCUGGCGACACGAUUCCAUGUACGCCAUGGUGCUCUCCGACCUUACAGAAAUCGAGAACAAGCUUUCCCAGUGUCAUCGUUAUGACUCGGUCAAAUUUUACGAGCGAACAGCCGAAGAGUUGAGAUCAAGCCGAAACUACUGGACCCCAUGGCUGAAGCUACAGUUCACUUACCAUUGCAUUUUGACGGUUCUGAACCAUCCCUUCCUCUACAUUGUGGCAUCACAAUACAACGACAAUUUAGCAAUCCCAAACGCUUUCUGGAGACGGUCAUCGGAAUUGGUCUUAUUACACGCUACCUGGCUUGUCCGCAUGAUAGACAUGGUAUCGGAGAAAAAGAUGCGCCUGAUCGAUCCUUUCUUUGGACACGCUGCCGCCAUUGCAGCCACGGUGCACCUAUACUACUGCUGUGCUGCGGAUCCCCGAUUAAAGUACAAGUCCAAGGUCGAUUUCACAAAAUGCCGAAGGUUCCUGAAGAGCUUUGUGUCAUUUUCGCCUGUUUGUGGAAUCCUGGAUCAAACGCUGGACAAGAUGACUCGAAUUGCUUCCGGUUCGGAAAACAUUGAUCAUGACUGGGAGCCUGAGAAGAUUCAUCUCAGUAUACCUUUAAUGUGGGAUGUUCUUCAAGUCAACUGUAAACCCAAGCCACACGAAGUGUCCACAGGUGGCUUGCUACAUCCAUCAUUGACCCCAACCGUCUCUACAGAAGAGGCGGAGGACAGCCUAGCCUCCACUCUAGAGGUUAUCGUUGCCAUGUCUCCGAAUGUCACAGUUAACACUGCGGAUGGUGGUCAGGCUGCCCACAUUCCACCAACCAUGCCGCACAUAUCUUCCACGCCAGCUUCUCCUGCCCUCGAGCUGGGUGAGAAGCUCGUUGCGCCAGCUGACAGUUUAAUGACCAAUACCCCCUGGUUAUGGACGGAUCCCUCGCAAUUUGUUGAUAUGGAGAACAAUGUGGGAUAUCCGGAAUCCGAAUCCACUCUCGGAAACAUUGACGGAUUUUCAACUUGGUGGGACUUCGGAAACUUAUAG